AUGUCUACUAUACGGCAUUUUUCAUCAUCCACGUUAAAUACCACCUAUUGCGUUCGUCCAUCAUCAUCAUUACCCUCAUUUUCACCACCUUAUAUUUCACCCGUUACACCAAUACCGACAGUAUUUUCAGGAUAUAAUACACCGAAAAAGAUUGGUACAGCAAUGCGAUUUUCAAAACAUCAUUUUCAAUUUAGGAAUAUUCAAGAUAAUAGUGGUUAUAAUGAUAUUUAUGUACAAAUAUUCAAUCGUUUUAAAAAUAAUUUAAAAUAUUUAUGUGUAUCAUCCACAUCAGCAGCGCCGCCAGCAGUAUCAAUACAUUUAAUGUUUAAGGUAAGACCUAAUUAUAAACGUUUAUUUUUAGAUGAUAUACUACCAAAUGCAAUAAGAACUGAUUACGAAGAAAUAUUAGACGAUGAUGAUUUUAAUGAAGAAAUUAAAUUUAAUAACGAUUACUUUACAGAAUCAACAAGUUAUAGUUCUCCCAAUAUUAAAAAAGAAUCAAAGAGAAAGAAUAGUAAUUACUUCGAACAACGAAAUGAAAAUGCAGCAAUAGCAUUACAACAAACAACAGUAUCUGAUGCUAUGAAUAUUUUACAAUCCACAAUGCCGUAUGAAUAUUUAAUACAUUUUUCUUCCAUGAAAAACACAUUAAAUCAACUCAUCGGUCAUGAACAAAAAUUUCAACAACUACUUAGUUAUAAACCACCAUUUCCAAUAACAUCAUUUUCAUUAUCACCUGCUCAUCGCGACAAAAUUAAUCAUUGGUCAGAAAACGAUUUUCAGCAGCGAAAAACGUGUUUUGCCCGUGUACUUGGCACACAUAUGUUUCACCGUGGCAGUUUUAGUUUGGCUGAAUGGUGUGAAGAGGCCGAUUAUAUGGUGUUAGAUGAUAUUUGCUGGUCCGAUUUAAAACAACAGUCAAAACAAUUAUUAACAGCUCCCGGUGAAGUACAUUUAACAGAUAAAUAUCAUCGUAAAGAAAAAAAAAAUAACAAUAAACCAUGUAUAUAUUUAAUGAAUUAUGAGGAUACUGGUACUUUAUUAGAUGACACGUAUUGGAUUGACAACGGUGUAUUUGUAUUGUUAGGUAAAGAUGAAAAGUUAUUCAGAGUAAGGAGUUGUAUCAUAAUAUGA